CUGCGUGACGUAGUGACACCCGACGCCCUCCGUCCCCGUCUUCACCCUGAGCCCUCGUUUCUCUUGGUUGAAGUUAGAUAAUACUCUUUUAAAUCUUGCGAUGAAUUAUAACGGAUGUGUUUUGUGAAAGGCGAGCAAGUAACAAAUAUAUAACAAAUUAGUUGCAUCCUAAUUAAAUCUAAAAAAUCAAGUCAGUAAUUUAAAUCAACAUGUCGCAAUGAAACCGAGGGAAAUUUUAACAUUUAAAAAAAAAACUCGGUCACGUGACGCAAUUUCCGGGGUCAAAGUUCGUGUUGACAUCUGCAGAUUCACGGCUAUUUAAUAUGGCUGAAUUAGACAUUGGGAAGCAUUGCCAGAUCGAUUCAUGCAAUCAGACAGAUUUCCUUCCAUUUGUUUGUGAUUUGUGCAGCGGUGUUUUCUGCCUUGAGCACAGAAGCAGAGAGGCCCAUUCAUGUUCAGAGGAGCCGGUGAAAAGGGAAUCUCGGACCGCUGGUGGCAGUACAAGUUAUCCAUGCUCAUUUCAAGACUGCAAGGGAAAAGAAUUGUUGCCAGUAAUAUGUCCGCUAUGUGAAAAACAUUUCUGUUUGGCCCAUCGUCAUCAAGAUGAUCACAAGUGUGAGAAGUUGGAGGUUCAAAAGCCUCGAAUGGCAGCCACAAAAGAGCUGGUUCAAAAGAUUGUUGAGUCAAAGGACGGAUCGAAAAGUAAAGGACGCAGAGGAGCAAAGAACAGUGCAACUGCUGCUAAGGUAGCUUUAAUGAAACUGAAGCUGCAUGCUGCAGGAGACAAGGGACUGCCACAGACAGAAAGAACCUAUUUUCAGGUGUAUCUUCCUAAAGAAACUAGAGACUCCAGCCAACCCAUGUUCUUCUGUUCCAGAUGGUCUGUGGGCAAAGUGGUGGAUUAUGCAGCCUCUCUAGCUAGCCUCAAGAACAACAAUAAUGUACUGACAGCUAAGAAGCUGCGGUUAUGUCAUCCUCAGACAGGUGAGGCUUUCCGUAUGGACGAGACCUUGCUCUCACUGCUGACUCACCCAGAAAGUCCCCUGUACAAUGGGGGUAAUGUGAUCCUGGAGUACCUGGACAAUGAGUGCACGGGCCUGGAGGAUGUUUCUGACUAUAUCACACAGACCUGAGAAACAAAGCAUGGAUGAUUUCUGUAUGCUGUUUGUAUUUCUGUCAAUAAAAUAUUCUUUCUAUCUA